UGUAGAAUACGAUAUCACAAUGCCCUUCCCCACCAGUGGUAAGGGUCUUGAGCUGCUCAUCAUUCAAAUUUGCUGCGGCAUAGUUGUUUAUGUGUCUGUGUGCCUACGGCUCUGGGCCCAGCAUAUCAACAGAAAAAGGCCGUCACUUCAUAAUAAGAUCACAACAAGAAAGGUUUCACUACACGAUGUGCUAAUGCAUGUAUCUGUGUUCUUUUAUACAGUCCAAGCUGUCAUUGUGAUUCGUGGUAUCAUCGAGGGUGGUAUCGGGCAGCACGGAAACGACAUUGACCAGACAGAAAUCACCAUAGGUUUCCAAACCUGGUACUUCGGCGAACUCAUCUAUCCUGUACUUUCAUGUUUCACUAAGACCUCCGUAAUCUUGUUCCUGCAACAAGCGUACAUCGUCAAAUUUCAAACAAGAGAGGCCACUAACAGACGCUACAUCCAGUGGGUAUUGUACAUCUGUCUGUGUGCCAUUUGGACUUCCUCGAACGUGUUCUUGUCUGCUAGUAUCUUUCAAUGCUCUCCCCCAAGUCAUUAUUGGAUGCAGUUUGAAGAUCCUAGCAGCGAAGGGACAUGUUCAAAGAGCAUUGUACCAACUGCCGGUAUAGUUUUAAGUAUAGUAACAGCCGCCAGCGAUUGGGCGUUGGCUUCGGUACCCAUAGUCGCCUUAACGAAAACGCAGAUUCCAUGGCGAAAGAAGGCCGCCAUUCAAGCCCUGUCGAGUUUAGGCGUGGUGUAAGUAAUCUCUCAUACCUAUACACGUUUUUGCUCCACCGAAACAGGGUGGACGGGUGAAGUAAGAUGAUUAUUUGAACAUGGAACUGAUAGCGCAUGAACACGAUAGAGCUGGUAUAUUUAUG